AUGACAGGAAUGAUGGAGAAAGUCAAGGCCAAGGUCGAUAAUGUCAUGCACAAGGACAAGACUCAUGACGACCCCACCGGCCCUCACAGCUCACAUACCGCCAACGCUGCUGACCCUACCGUGCACAACACCUCCACAACUCACACUGGCUCUACUGGCCUUACUGGCAACAGCCAUAACACUCACGGCACCACAGGCUACAGUGACCCCACUGGCCCCCACGACUCUCACAUGGCCAACAAGGCUGACCCAAGGGUCGACUCUGACCGUGUCGGCACUGCUGGCAACCUAGGAUCCAACACCCACGCCACUCACGGAACCACUGGUACUCACGGAGUCACUGGUACUCACGGAGUCACUGGUACUCACGGAGUCACUGGUACUCACGGAGUCACUGGCACUCACGGAGUUACUGGCACCCACGGCUCAACUGGAUACAGCGACCCUACUGGUCCUCACGACUCCCACAUGGCCAACAAGGCCGACCCAAGGGUCGACUCUGACCGUGUCGGUACCGCCGGCAACCUGGGAUCCAACACCCACGCCACUCACGGAACCACUGGUACUCACGGAGUUACCGGCACCCAUGGUGUCACUGGCACUCACGGAGUUACUGGCACCCACGGCUCAACUGGAUACAGCGACCCUACUGGUCCUCACGACUCCCGCAUGGCCAACAAGGCUGACCCAAGGGUCGACUCUGACCGUGUCGGUACUGCUGGCAACAUGGGAACUGGCAGCCACACAACCGGCAGCCAUGGACUUACUGGCACCCACGGAACCACUGGCACUCACGGAGUGACUGGAACCCACGGUUCAUCCGGAUACAGCGACCCUACUGGUCCUCACGACUCCCACAUGGCCAACAAGCUUGACCCCAGGGUCGACUCUGACCGUGUUGGCCCCGCUGGCAACAAGGGAAGUGCCGCCUAUGGAACCAGCACCGGCACUGGCAACUUGGCUCACCGCGACAACGAGACUGGUGACCUGCCCAAGGCCCUUGUAGAGCCCUACUCCCAGGCUGAGCCUCACUCCUCCCUCCAGAAUGGCCAUCACACCACCGGUACCCACGGUACCACUGGCCUCCACGGCACCAACGGAACUCACGGUAGCAAUGGUCUUCACAGCACCACCGGUACUACUGGUACCCACGGCACCCACGGUACCCACGGUACCACUGACGUCCACGGCAAGCCAUCCAUGAUGGACAAGCUGAACCCCAAGAAAGACGCUGACUUCGAUGGAAAGGCCGGAAUAAUGGACUAA